AUGGGGAAGCUUAGAAAAGGCAAAAGAAACCAAAAGGCCAGACUAAAUCCACUAACACUGAAUUCUCAACAAGAAAAGAAGAAAGAUGAAGCAACAAGGCAAUCGAAAAUUUUACCACUAUUAAAUAAAUUACGUUCUACUGUACCCAAUGACAAGUCCAUGGCUCUUGGAGCCAUUACUGUUUUGGCCGAGGAUCAACGUAUGAGGCAACUUUUGCUUAAAGAAAGGCUUGUACAAAUUGUCAUGGAGACUUGUCUUAACGAUUCCAAUGACGAAACUACAGUUGAAGCGUUUGGAUUACUACGUAAUUUGGGAAUUGAAGAAGGACGCGAUGUAGCCAAGCACCUUUGGAGGCAGGGAAUUUGGACAACUAUUGAGAAUGCGUUGAACAAGAUCAAUGAGUCGUUUAACUUUCUACGAGAAAGUGAUACUUUAAUCAAGGAUAAGUCGAAAGUACAGCUUUUAUACGAUUUCUGUGAGAAUAUUUUGAGUCUAGUAGUAGUUUUAGCAAGUGGUGAUGAACAAUUGUACGCAGCGGUAUUUGCCAAAAUCGAUCCAGUUCUAGAAUUGAUAUUAAAGCUUGUUGAAGACCAUAUUAGCGGCAAACUUAAGUUAUCAAGUAAAUUGUUUAAUACCUUGUUGGAGUUUUUGUAUGAGUUUUCUAUUGAAUCUGGAGAGUUUAUUGAGAAAUUAAGUGCUUAUAAAAAGUGGGAUGAUUUGAGCUCAUUUGUUGAAAAUUGCGAUAGCGAUUUGGCCAAGGUUUACCUUGAGGGGAUAAAGAUUAGUAAUUACGAAGUAUUAUCAACUCGGCGUGACAAUAAGCAAAUGGAAUCAUGCACAAUUUUGGGUAAUAUUUAUCGCAUAUUGACUAGUAUAGAUUUGGAGCAACUAAUCAAGCGGUUAGAUAUUGUUGACAAAACAAAUAUGCAAGUUGAGACUAUAGAUAAACAUUCCGAUUCAAUUGAAAAAGAGCUGGUGUCCAACGAAGUACGAACCAAGCUUUCAGCUAUUGAAAAUGGGUUAGCAAUUAUCACGUCUAUUUUGGAAUUCAUGUCAGUUAAUGAAGAGGAGCCAGAAGAACCAAUCAGAUUGACUGAAAAUAUAGAGAAUGUAUUGCUCAACGAAAUUGAACCGAUGUUGACGGUGUUGUUAGAAACAGUUUUGCAAGAACCAAGAUUGAAUUUACAAGACCAAGUACUAGAUGCAUUGAACAAUUUGAGCUGGUUGUUUUUGAGUAAUGAAAAAAUUCCACUAUUGUGGUAUGAAAAGACGCUCAAGAUUUGGGAUUUAGUGAUAACUUUGUUGAAUAGUCACUUUGAAAAAUCUAGUUUAAACAUUAUCUGGGCUAUUAUCAAAUGCCAAGGACCUUUAAUAGUGAAAAAGAUACCUCCUGCAUUAAUCGAAAAGUUGCUAAAGGAAAAUGACGCGAAUUACGAUUUGUUUCCCAGUGUUUUAGGGGUAUUGGGUGCUAUUGCGCCCCUGAUUGAAAACACAGAGACAACAUAUCACAUAUCGCAGUUUUUAUUGACAUCGAUUACCAAGGCAUGCGAAGAUGUAAAAAAUCCAAUACGCCUAGAAAUAAUUAUUGAAUCACUCAAUUCCUUGUAUGAUAUAUUUGGAGAUAAGGAUUUUGCCUAUGAUUUUGAAAUUUUUGUUGACAAGAACUACUUGGCAAAGCUUAAAGCAAUUGAGCCCUGUGUGAGAGAUGUUUGUAAAAAAAUCGACAAGAAUAAGGACCCUCUAAUGAAGUUGAGAAUGGAGGAAACAUGGAAUAAUCUCAAAGGGUUUAUUGCUUACAAAGCUAGUGAAAGAGGUUGA